CAAGCUGAAAGGGGCAGGAAAAGAAGUGGAGGCAGCAUUCUUCCUAUUUAAAGCUGCAUCGCUUGAAAAAAGUUUCCGCAGACUGUGGUGGAGCUGGUGCUGAAAAGGGGGCUUUGCAGAGGCUGCCCUGGGGCUGGUGCUGAAAGAGGAACCCCCAGCUGACUUCAUGGUGCUACAAUAACCUUAGAAUCUACUUUUCACUCCCAGGAGGAGCCACAUGUCUAAUAUUUAGAUAUGAUGGCAAACUGGGUGGAAGCAAGACCUCUCCUCAUUCUCACUGUUUUAUUAGGGCAAUCUGUCUCAAUAACAGCCCAGGAAGAAGGCGACAAUGAUGUAUUUGAUGAAGAAAUAGCCUGCACACAGCAUGGCCAGAUGUACUUAAACAGGGAUGUAUGGAAACCUUCCCCCUGUGAGAUCUGUGUCUGUGACAAUGGAGCCAUUCUCUGUGACAAGAUAGAGUGCCUCGAAAUGCUCACCUGUGCCAACCCUGUGAGGCCCAGCGGGGAGUGCUGCGCCACAUGUCCAGGAACAGGUGGAGAUGGAAAUAACAAUUUUGGUAGAGGAAGAAAGGGACAAAAAGGAGAACCAGGAUUAGUGCCUGUUGUCACAGGCAUCCGUGGUCGACCAGGUCCAGCAGGCCCUCCAGGAUCUCAAGGACCAAGAGGAGAGAGAGGCCCCAAAGGAAGACCUGGUCCCCGUGGCCCUCAGGGAAUUGAUGGUGAGCCAGGUGUUCCAGGUCAACCCGGUGCUCCGGGGCCUCCUGGGCAUCCCUCCCACCCAGGACCAGACGGCAUGAGUCGGCCAUUUUCAGCUCAGAUGGCUGGGUUGGAUGAAAAAUCUGGACUUGGGAGUCAAGUGGGACUCAUGCCUGGCUCUGUGGGUCCUGUUGGCCCAAGAGGACCUCAGGGUUUACAAGGGCAACAAGGAGGCACAGGACCAGCUGGUCCUCCUGGUGAGCCUGGUGAACCUGGACCAAUGGGUCCAAUUGGUGCGCGUGGACCAGAAGGCCCUCCUGGGAAGCCUGGUGAAGAUGGAGCUCGAGGCUUUCCUGGGGCUCCUGGUCUUCCAGGCCUGAAAGGUCACCGGGGACAUAAAGGUCUUGAAGGCCCCAAAGGUGAAAUUGGAGCAACUGGUUCCAAGGGUGAGGCUGGUCCUACUGGUCCAAUGGGUGCUAUGGGUCCCCUGGGCCCGAGAGGAAUGCCAGGAGAGAGGGGGAGACUCGGGCCACAAGGUGCUCCUGGACAACGAGGUGCUCAUGGUAUGCCUGGAAAACCAGGACCAAUGGGUCCUCUUGGGAUACCUGGCUCUUCAGGCUUUCCAGGAAAUCCUGGGAUGAAGGGAGAAGCGGGUCCCACUGGGGCAAGAGGUCCUGAAGGUCCCCAGGGACAGAGAGGUGAAACAGGGCCUCCAGGACCAGCAGGCUCUCAAGGCCUUCCUGGUACAAUGGGAACUGAUGGUACCCCAGGUGCCAAAGGCCCUACGGGCUCCGCAGGGACCUCUGGUCCUCCUGGCUUGUCAGGGCCUCCCGGAUCCCCUGGCCCUCAGGGCAGCACCGGACCUCAGGGAAUUCGAGGGCAGCCGGGUGAUCCAGGAGUUCCAGGGUUCAAAGGAGAAGCUGGACCCAAAGGAGAACCAGGGCCACAUGGUAUUCAGGGCCCAAUAGGCCCACCAGGUGAAGAAGGCAAAAGAGGUCCUCGAGGCGAUCCAGGCACAGUUGGUCCUCCAGGCCCAAUGGGAGAAAGGGGUGCUCCUGGCAAUCGUGGUUUUCCAGGUUCUGAUGGCUUACCUGGACCAAAGGGUGCUCAAGGAGAACGGGGUCCUGUGGGUUCUUCAGGACCCAAAGGAGGACAGGGGGACCCAGGGCGUCCGGGUGAACCUGGACUUCCCGGUGCUCGGGGUCUGACAGGAAAUCCUGGUGUGCAAGGUCCUGAAGGAAAACUUGGACCAUUGGGUGCUUCAGGGGAAGAUGGCCGACCAGGGCCUCCAGGCUCCAUAGGAAUCAGAGGGCAGCCUGGGAGUAUGGGUCUUCCUGGACCCAAAGGUAGCAGUGGUGACCCUGGAAAGCCUGGAGAAGCAGGAAAUGCUGGUGUUCCUGGGCAGAGGGGUGCUCCUGGCAAAGAUGGUGAAGUUGGCCCUUCCGGUCCUGUGGGUCCCCCGGGUCUCGCAGGAGAAAGAGGAGAGCAGGGCCCUCCAGGCCCCACUGGCUUUCAGGGUCUCCCUGGACCCCCAGGGCCUCCUGGUGAAGGGGGGAAGCCAGGUGACCAGGGUGUUCCUGGAGAUCCUGGAGCAGUUGGCCCAUUAGGACCUAGAGGUGAGCGAGGCAAUCCUGGAGAAAGAGGAGAACCUGGGAUAACUGGACUCCCCGGUGAGAAAGGAAUGGCCGGGGGACAUGGUCCCGAUGGGCCGAAAGGCAGCCCGGGUCCAUCCGGGACCGUUGGAGAUACAGGCCCACCUGGUCUUCAGGGUAUGCCAGGAGAAAGAGGAAUUGCGGGAACUCCUGGACCCAAGGGUGACAGAGGUGGUAUAGGAGAGAAAGGUGCUGAAGGAACAGCUGGAAAUGACGGAGCAAGGGGUCUUCCUGGUCCCUUGGGCCCCCCAGGCCCUGCAGGUCCAACUGGAGAAAAGGGUGAACCUGGUCCUCGAGGUUUAGUUGGUCCACCUGGAUCCCGUGGCAAUCCUGGUUCUCGUGGUGAAAAUGGCCCAACCGGGGCUGUUGGUUUUGCGGGACCCCAGGGGCCUGAUGGACAACCUGGAGUGAAGGGAGAACCUGGAGAGCCAGGGCAGAAAGGAGAUGCCGGAUCUCCUGGACCACAAGGGCUUGCAGGGUCCCCUGGCCCUCAUGGUCCUCAUGGUGUUCCAGGGCUGAAAGGUGGUAGAGGAACCCAGGGUCCACCAGGUGCUACAGGAUUUCCUGGUUCUGCAGGCAGAGUUGGACCCCCAGGUCCUGCUGGAGCUCCAGGACCUGCAGGGCCUAUCGGAGAGCCAGGGAAGGAGGGACCUCCAGGGCUUCGUGGGGACCCUGGCUCUCAUGGACGAGUGGGAGAUAGAGGACCAGCAGGGCCGCCUGGUGGCCCAGGAGACAAGGGAGACCCCGGAGAAGAUGGGCAGCCUGGUCCAGAUGGUCCACCUGGUCCAGCUGGAACUACUGGGCAAAGAGGGAUUGUGGGCAUGCCUGGACAGCGCGGAGAACGGGGCAUGCCAGGCCUGCCUGGCCCCGCGGGCACACCAGGAAAAGUAGGACCAACUGGUGCAACAGGAGAUAAAGGUCCACCAGGGCCUGUGGGACCCCCUGGCUCAAAUGGUCCUGUUGGAGAACCCGGACCAGAAGGUCCAGCUGGUAAUGAUGGGACCCCAGGACGGGAUGGAGCUGUUGGAGAACGUGGUGAUCGUGGAGACCCUGGACCUGCAGGUCUGCCUGGUUCUCAGGGAGCCCCAGGAACUCCUGGCCCAGUUGGUUCACCUGGAGAUGCAGGACAGAGAGGAGAACCGGGUUCUCGAGGUCCUAUAGGACCACCUGGUCGAGCUGGAAAACGUGGUCUACCUGGACCACAAGGACCUCGAGGGGACAAAGGAGAUCAUGGAGAUCGGGGUGACCGAGGUCAGAAGGGCCACAGAGGCUUCACUGGUCUUCAGGGUCUUCCAGGACCCCCUGGUCCCAAUGGUGAACAAGGCAGUGCUGGGAUCCCUGGCCCUUUUGGUCCUAGAGGUCCUCCAGGUCCAGUUGGUCCCUCAGGCAAAGAAGGAAACCCUGGGCCACUUGGACCAAUUGGACCACCUGGUGUUCGGGGCAGUGUAGGAGAAGCAGGGCCAGAGGGUCCUCCUGGUGAGCCUGGUCCACCUGGACCUCCAGGCCCCCCUGGACACCUUACAGCUGCUCUUGGGGAUAUAAUGGGCCACUAUGAUGAGAACAUGCCAGAUCCACUUCCAGAGUUUACUGAAGACCAGGCAGCUCCUGAUGACACCAACAAAACUGAUCCAGGAGUCCAUGCGACCCUGAAAUCACUCAGUAGUCAGAUUGAAACCAUGCGCAGCCCUGAUGGCUCCAAGAAACAUCCAGCUCGGACUUGUGAUGACUUAAAGCUUUGCCAUUCCACGAAGCAGAGUGGUGAAUACUGGAUUGAUCCUAACCAGGGUUCUGCUGAAGAUGCAAUCAAAGUUUACUGCAACAUGGACACAGGAGAAACCUGUAUCUCAGCAAACCCAUCCAGUAUCCCACGUAAAACCUGGUGGGCCAGCAAAUCUCCUGACAAUAAACCUGUUUGGUAUGGUCUUGAUAUGAACAGAGGAUCUCAGUUUACUUAUGGAGAUUAUCAGUCACCUAACACAGCUGUUACUCAGAUGACCUUCUUGCGCCUUUUAUCAAAAGAAGCCUCCCAGAACAUUACUUACAUCUGCAAAAACAGCAUAGGAUACAUGGAUGAUCAAACCAAGAGCCUCAAGAAAGCUGUAGUCCUUAAAGGGUCAAAUGACUUGGAAAUCAAAGGAGAAGGGAACAUUAGAUUUAGAUAUACAGUUCUUCAUGAUACUUGCUCUAAGCGAAAUGGAAAUGUGGGCAAGACUGUCUUUGAAUACAGAACCCAGAAUGUGGCACGAUUACCCAUUAUAGAUCUUGCCCCCGUGGAUAUUGGCAGUACAGACCAGGAAUUUGGUGUUGAAAUUGGGCCAGUUUGUUUCAUGUAACACAAGCCCAGAAACACCAACAAUGAGCACCACAAUCAAUGACAACCAUCACCCUUCACAAAAACUGACCGUUUGAAGUUGAUCCUGAGACUCUUGAAGUAAUGGCUGAUCCCUCAUCAGCAUUGUACAUAUGGUCUGAAGUGCCUGGCCUCCUUUUCCUUCAGAAUAUUUAUUUUACUUACAAUCCUCAAGUUUUAAUUGACUUAAAGUAUUUUUGAAUACAGCAGUUUAGGUUUAAGCUGAUCAAUGACAAUGACCACCUUAAAAGAAAAGUAAACUGAUUAAAUAAAUGUCUCUUUUCUUCAAUUUA